CGGGGCGGGGGCUCGGCGCGAGCCCGCGAGAUGCCGGUGUCGGCUGCCCGAGCGGCUGCAGCUGCAGCGGCGGGGUAGGCGGCGGCGGCGGGGCCUGGGAGGGGGGUGGCGUGGGGGACCGGCGCGUAGCCGGGGCCAUGGAGGGGCAGAGCGGCCGCUGCAAGAUCGUGGUGGUGGGAGACGCGGAGUGCGGCAAGACGGCGCUGCUGCAGGUGUUCGCCAAGGACGCCUAUCCCGGGAGUUAUGUCCCCACCGUGUUUGAGAACUACACCGCGAGCUUUGAGAUCGACAAGCGCCGCAUUGAGCUCAACAUGUGGGACACUUCAGGUUCCUCUUACUAUGAUAACGUCCGGCCUCUGGCCUAUCCUGAUUCUGACGCUGUGCUCAUCUGCUUCGACAUUAGCCGACCAGAAACACUGGACAGUGUUCUCAAGAAGUGGCAAGGAGAGACUCAAGAGUUUUGCCCCAAUGCCAAGGUUGUGCUGGUUGGCUGUAAACUGGACAUGCGGACUGACCUGGCCACACUGAGGGAGCUUUCCAAGCAGAGGCUUAUCCCUGUCACACAUGAGCAGGGCACUGUGCUGGCCAAGCAGGUGGGGGCUGUGUCCUACGUGGAGUGCUCCUCCCGGUCCUCUGAGCGCAGCGUCAGGGAUGUCUUCCAUGUGGCCACAGUGGCCUCCCUUGGCCGUGGCCAUAGGCAGCUGCGCCGAACUGACUCACGCCGGGGAAUGCUGCGAUCCACUCAGCUGUCAGGACGGCCAGACCGAGGGAAUGAGGGCGAGAUACAUAAGGAUCGAGCCAAGAGCUGCAACCUCAUGUGAGGGGCUAGGAGGGGGCAGGGUGUGAAGCUGGUGGUGAGGGACACAAUUGUUUCCCUGCCUUCCCCCAGCCUUCCUGACCUCCUGAGCCUGUCUGGGAAGUCUGGGCAGGCAGAGCAAGCAAUUCUUCUGACAGGGGAGCUGGAGGGCAGAAGGGUAUCAUUUCUCAUAUCCUCCUCCCUCCUCUUCUCCAGUGGAUGUUGAAGGGAGCUAAUAGGGCUGGCAUCAGGGGCAUGAACUGGGAUGGGGCAGGUGGGGGUUAGGGAAGCUGGUAUCAAACAGUGACCUCAGUGGAAUCGCCUAUGUGAAGGGUACCCUCCUCUCCACCCCCACCCUCCAUAUCCUGGUUCUGGCCCAAGGAAAAUGUCCAUUCUGUGACCUUCUCUUUUCCUCUCACUUGUGCAGCUGUUCUCACACAUCUUAACCUCUAGGCAACAUGCACUAAAUUCAAAAGCAAGGAGAAGCCCCUACCCGCAUUAGUUCACCAGCCUUAGAACCUCCCUUCCCCCAUAGUCACCCAAUAAAGCCCACGUCCAUGGAAAACGGCUGUGGCUUUAGUUUCGUUGCUUUUUAAAAAAUCAAUUUACCAAUCUCUAGCAGUAGGAGGGAAAGUUAGACCUCAGCAGGAGAACUUUCCUGUCCAUGUCCACAGGUGGAGCAGAGGACAAAGCCAUAGGUUGGAUCAUUAGUGUCCUUUUAGGAGCCAGAACUGGGAGGAGACAUCCUGGGACUGUUCAUCCCAGUUAAUGAAGUGGGCAAUUCUCAGGCCAUUAAGGGGUUUCAGAGCAGCUGACAUGCAAUUAGUCAGCAUUUCUCAGCCCAGCCAGGCCUGCUGCUAGUGGGAGGGGUCCUGCUCACCAUCAGUACCCCUGGCUUGGAGCCUGCUGGUGCCCUGGGGGUUGCAGGGUUAGGGAGGCAUCAAAAGUCUCCAUGUCAAAGAAGCUAACCCCGUACAGCGUGCAGUUUCUCAAGGGGUCAGUAGUUUGAUUCUGGGGUCUCCUUAGGGGCUCAGGCCAGAGACCUUUCUCUCCUUCCAUGCUGAGUUCCUUGAUGACUUUCAGGGGAGCAUCAACUGUAAGUUAGAGUUACCCUUACCCUGUCUCUUAAAGGAAAGAUGGUGGAGGGGACUGCCGAGCGCCUGUUGUCAGGAAAGACAGUGCUGGUCUGUCUUCUCGGGAGUCUGGUUUCAGAUUGUCCUGUAUUCCCUCCCUGGCUCUGGUCCCACUGGCCUCUUUUCGGUGACAUUCUCCCCCAGGAACCAUCCCUGGCCCUUCCCUCCCCCAGCUCCACCCCCUGCCCCAGCCCCAGCCAGUUCUUCCAGACACGGAAGAGAACACUGAUCUUAUGGGACUAUCUGUGGGAUCCCACCCAAAUUUAUAGUCCAUUCCUCCUUCAUUCAGCAAAUAUGUACUGAACACCACCUGUGUGUCACACACUGGCUUGGGAGAUUCCAAGGACCAGUCUCCCAGCUUCUGGAGGCCAGCCCAAUGUGGAAGAGCGGUACCCCGGGUGUGAAGGUGCCGUGGCUGAGGGAUUUUUUUUUUAUAAUUUAAAUUUUGUUUAACAGCUCUGGAUAUGGAGGCUGAGGGAUAUUUGUACAUGUAUGGGGUGUUAUGAGAGCUCUUUUGCAGCCUGAGAAGCCAGUCCUGUGAGCCAGGGCCUGAGGGUUGAAGAGGAGUUUGCCAGGUGUGAAAGGGGCAGGAAAGGCACUCUGGGCAGAGGGUACAGCAUGUGUAAACACGUGGGGAUGAGAACGGGCAUGGCACUGUUGGGGCUCCCAUGGCAGGGAGAGUAGAAGACAAGGCUGGGAAGAGGAACCAGGGUUUCAUUCUGAGUAUGUGAGGAGCCACCAGGAAUUUCAGGCAGAGGGUGAAGUGAUCAGAUUUGUUUUUUGGAUAGAUGGUUAUCUGGAUGAGGUAUUGGGGCUGGGAGAUUUGGCUCUGAGAUGUGCCAUUUAAAAUAGCUUCUCAGUGGUGGCUCACACCUAUAAUCCCAGCACUUUGGGAGGCCAAGCUGGGAGGAUGGCUUGAAGCCAGGAGUUCGAGGCUGCAGUGAGCUAUGAUCAUGCCAUUGUCUUCCAGCCUGAGUGUCAGAGUGAGACCCAGUCUCUUAAAAAAAAAUAUUAAAAAGUAAAAAAUAAAAAAAUACCUUCUCCUUUCCCUUAUGCCAGGUUCUAGUCUUGAGAGAAAAGGAAAUCCCUACCCACCACUCCCUGGCUCAUCAGAUACCCCUAUCCCAACCUCUCUUAUGGGACUGGUCCAUUUCAGCCAGUCUGAGUCUAGGAAACUUCAGUGACAUUUGAAAUUAAGUGCUCUUGGAUAACCACUCCUUCAAACUGAGACCUGGUUAGGGACUGACUCAAGGACCCCAAGUCCUGGGCUAAAGGUACAGGAGCAGGCAGGGCUCCAGGUCCAGUGAGGUGGAUCUCCAUCUGUCUCUGAGGACUGACCCUUUCCGUACCAGGACCUGCCAUAAAAACCGACUUGCAGUUUUUAGCUGAGUGGCUUCUCUUUUCCACUUUGGGCUUCUCAGUGCAUAGCAGGUUCAAGCCCGCAACCACCAAAGCGUAGAGUGGAGAGUUUGUGUACCCUUUCCUCCAACCUCCAUCUCCUGCCAUGUGAGCUCAGGGAAUGCAAAUGCAUUUCAGUAUCCCCCUAAAGCAACACAAUUAGAAAUAUCAAUCAGCUGGAGGAACCCCCAAAGUUUAAUACAUAUUCAAUGCCACCAGGAAUGGAUUUUUGGUCCCGUUCUGCAGGUCUCAGUUGCCAGAUGUUUUAUUUCUGGGGAGGAGGGCUCUGGGCUGAGGAGCUCAGUGGGUGGGAGGAGGAAAUGGGACUGUUCCUGAUCCCCAAAGGCCUCUGUAGGCUGGAGGGAGGGGACCUUACUCCCUCCCCUACCACAGAUGCAGGAGUCACCCAGCUUCCUUCUCCACAGCUGUUUCCCUCACAAAUUAGACACUGGUUUGGGAAACAAUGUAGCCUCGUUAAUCAUUUAAUAAAAUAAACAACUAAUCACACUGUGA